AUGGUUGCCCUCAGCUUGUCCUCGUCAUGGUGCGGUUCCACGUUGUCUUCAACUCCACAGAAAACAGCAGUGUAUCGACGACAGGAACUGCAGAAGAAAAUGGAUCCUCCUUCUACUCCGUCGGACUGUUCGCUUCCAUCAAGUCCUUUCUUCCCGCCCCUAGUGAACGUUUGUUCUCCAGAGGACGCGCGUGAUUCAGCGUCGCAAGAGAAACAAACUAGGAAUCCUUCGUUUUCCUCAGAAACAGCCUCGGGCUGUUCGCACUCGUCACAAACAGUUGCCAAGACGUAUCCGAAUCUCCGUAAUACGAUUAGGGUCAGUGUUCCCCUCGCUUUUGAUGAGGGUCAAGACGAGGGACCGGAAACUCGCUUCCGUAGAGAGCGCCUGGUCGCUCUUCAAAAACAGAAUUUAGCCAGGCGGAGACGAGAAGAGGCCAGACAUCGCGGCCUGCUCGCCGCUAUUGAACGAGACCGUAGUGAGGCACUAGCGGAGAGACGCAAGAGGUACCAAGCAGCAAAGAUACUCAUGGAAAGAGGGCUCGCAGCGUCUCAGUGCUCACUGAGUUCAUCAUCCACGGACACGCUUGGUUCCAAACACGGAACCCGGUUCUGUACCAGCAAAGUGCAGCAUUGCUCACGUCCCCCCGAGAACAAAAGUGCUGGGAACCUUCCCGGUACUGACACCGGAACAGUCGAUGCAUUAUGUAAAGCAAAAGAUCCCGUUGGGUCUUCCCGGAGGGGGAAAAGGACUUUGAACGGCGGAGCGUCGAGCGCGUCCAGUCCCUCGAAGCCCAGCACCAGAUCACUCCAUAGAGCGAGGGUGAAGACAGGAGAUCUCCCUCUCGAUAGAGGUGAAGCAGAAAACAACGAUAAAAAAUGCGGAAACGGAAGACAGCCGCCGCCGUAUCUGGAGUGUGAGCAAAAGGAAGAAAAGCCACAAGAAAAGGGAAUGCCGAUCCUGCCAUUCUCGUCUGUUUCGACGGCAUAUAACUUGCCCAUCUCUCAGGAGAACGGCCAUCUGGGACACAAGUCCCUGUCUCAAGUAAAUAACGUAAACUCGCAUUUGCCGCCCUGCAUUCCUCAGAUCCCUUUUCUUGCCUUGAACGCAAAUCGGCGAGAGUGUCACUUAGAACGUGCACAAGAAGGAAGGAUUUUUCGCCCCUGUUCACGAAAGGGUGCGGGGAACGUAGACGCGUUUCCCCCCUUGAGGAGUCCUUAUCAUCAGAGAUCUGAAGAAGACUCCUCUGAGGCAGUUUUGAUCGACUCGAAAGACGAGGAAAACCCCCCGGGGUUCUCGCAUUCAAAUAAAAGAGGCAAAACAAAAGGGGCUACCAGACGUUUGAGAGGAGAAGCGGAUCGAAGGAGGGAGAGACUAGCGGUUUCGCGAGAUCAAAAUCAGAGUGCAGAAAAAGCCUUUCAACAUGUAUGCCAGCUAGAUUCGAAGGGCUCUGCAGAUAUCGCAUGCGUCGCAGCAGAGGAUAAACAUUCGAAAAGACAGCAAACGUGUGCAGAGACGGGCUUCGUUGAACCUCUUCAAGAGGCCCGUUCGAGUGGAGACACACACGAAAAACUUUUGGGGAGAGACGAGACGCCUGAUAAAGGUGGACAGACAGAAGCCCAAGACGGAGAGACACACGGGAAAGACGAAGCGAAAGAGGAAGAAACGCGAGAUCACGGCAAAGUGAGCGGGGACGAAAGACAUGCUUCUCUGCCAGAUGAUGCGUUCCAAAGAACAAGGUUGCUGCCAAGUAGAAAGAGAAUCAAACACAAGACUGCGUUCAUAUGCAAGCACUGUGAAAGUUGCACAGACAAGCGAUGUCGAAGAAGAGAGCCGCCUGGGAAUUUCUCGAAGCCGCCGAGUUCUCAGAUGCGAGAAAAUCUUGCGGUGACUGGACCGCAGUGUGCUGCAUCGAAUUUGAACCGACGAGACGCACAGAAGAGUGGAGAUGGAGAAAGUUUUCGACACCGCCCUGGUCGCAGUGAGGAACCAGAAGGUUCAGAAGAUGAACCCAGUAGCGUCAUGCCAAGAACAAAGGGGGAAAGACGUUUGUCAGGAGACCAUGCUCUCGAAAGAAGACACAAGUCUUCAAUCGAGGCUGCUCACAUCCGCGAAGGUCACUCGAAAUCGCCCCAUCCGUCGCAUUUUGUGAGUGACAGAAGUAACUCUGUUUCCUCCUCAGCGGCAAUCGACAGCGACAGACACAGGGAGGAAAAUGGACCCUGUCGGCGCCCGGCUGAGAACCGGAAUGUGGCGUCAGACGCCUCUGCAGCUUCGUCUCGCCAUGAAGUUCCCACGAGGGGAGAUGAACGGGACCUUUGUCCCGGUACAUCGGCAGUAAAAGUUGCGGAUAGGCGAUUGAAAACCCUAAUCCAGAGACAACUGACGAAAUGCAGAUUCCCAUGGAUGUCUACUUGUAGCCACAGUCCGGAACAGUCCGAAGAAAAUAGAGUGGGAAUUGCAGAGGCGGAUGGCAGAGAGAAGGACAGCCAAGAUCCACAUGGUUCUGGAACCAUGUUCAGGCGGCCGCCGCCGUCACAAGAGUCUGCUGUUGUGGGUCACCCGACGACAGACAGUUCUCGUCUUCAAGUCAGGCCUUUGUCCUGCAGUUGUUCUGCAAAGACAGAUUUUCCUUUUUUCGAUGAGUGCAAUCAUAAGGUAUUUAGCAGGAGCUUGAGAUCCUCUCGAGCCUAUGACGAGAGAGUAUCCAAGCGUGUCUCUGCACCCCUUGAAAGAAGGAAGACAUAUCCUGACGAGAGUCACCGGAUUCGUUCUCGACCUAAUUCCACCCUAUCGUGUACGCGAGAAAUAGAGGACUCUGUAUCGUUUGCUUCCUCUCGUCCCGCGUCCUGUGUUUCGGCGUUCAACUCAUUAGACCACUCUAACGAAAGCGAGCGAGACGUUCACUUCCAGAAAGCUGGGGUUUCCGCAGCAAGAGUGGAAAAGAAAGCAAGAGAUGGGUAUCCUCCGGCGAGAAAACCUCUUCUCGUGCCUCCCAUCCAGUCUAGGCUAAGGCAUUCUGGGGCACGUGAGGGAGGAUCGAAGAACGCCUCUGGGCUGAAAAAAGAAACGGGGUUACCUCAGGUGUCGACAUCCUCUUCUUCCUCUUUGUCAGGGAAACGAAACGGCCCGCAGCAACAGGCAACGAAGCUAUCUGGAGCGUCGGCUGUGGAGAAACCCUCUCGGACGGCGUCGUCUUUGUCCUCUUCCUGUUCCGCUGGUGCUUCGUCCUGGUCGUUUUCUCCUACCUGUUCUGGAGACUGCUGUUGCGCGUGCCUAGGGAACGAAGACGGGGGUAGAGAGGGCCGGAGUUAUUCCCUCAGGAUAAAACAUAGGAGAGCGUGUGCACGGAGAGACGAUGAGACCGGCAAAGACGCUGAAGACGCUUUCUUCGCAGGGGACGAUGAACGGUAUAGAAACCUGGGGAGCGACUCCACCGGCGAGAAAGGAAGAAUCGCGUACAGACAACACCUGGCUAGCGUGGCAUCGCAAAAUCCACAGCGUUCACAACGGACUUUAAGGAGACACGCGCCGGAAAUUGCUCAUCAAGGGGAGGGCCUUUCUUUCCAAAAUAGGAAUCCCAGUUUGCCUUUGCCUGGGGCCUGCGUUUCUGUGGCACAGGGGGCCCUGUCGUCCUGUUCUUCUGCUUGCUUGCGUUGGUGUUCGUCUCGAGGACGACCUGCCUGCGCCUGCGAGUGUGUGUCUCCACUAAGAGCGCCAACAGAUAGAAAUUUGUGUUCCUGUUCUCUUCGAAUGGCCAGUAGCGAGGCUUUUCGCAGGAAAGCCAAGGCAUUGGAGGAGGCAGAGAGGAAAGUGGAAGAGCGGUUGCUCGUCCUCGAUGUCAAUGAGAUGGCCCUCGAACAGAAACGUGAACGGCGAUGGCAGAUCCACCAAGAAGAGUUGAGGAUUCUGCUCGAGCGACGAAGACUUUCCGAACUCGAAUGUUCUGCUCCGUCCCAACCGUCAACGCAAGACAAAGAAACCACUCAAGGGAAAACAGAGAAACUUAAAGCUACUGGAGAGAAUUCACAGUCCCGAAACGUAGUACCGUCUCGUCCACGUAUCUCAAGUGGGAAAACGGAACGCAAUCACGGAACACAAAGGAACAGCAAUUUUCCUGUAAGCUCUAGACCUGUAGGAACGAAGGCAGAUUCAUCAAAAACGGGAGAAAACGAGAAAAUGGAAGACCGAUGUGUCGGACCAGACGAUCUGUCGAGACAAGGAACAGCUCUUCCAGGAGGAAAGUUCGGUGCAAUGUACCAGAAAGGAGACGUUGCACAGUCACAGGACACGAGAAGUAACGCUCCUACAAGAUGUUCGACAGAAAGCGUGCUGGUGUUCGAUACUCGAGAACCCCAUCAGAAACAAGCAGCAGCAAACACUAGCGAAUUAAUAUCUUCCGAUGGGGACGGAAGCUUCCAGGUUCUGCAGGGCGCGAAACAGCAAGAGCAUCGUGCGUCCGGGAAAACAGAAAAACAAGAACAACGAGCAGAAACACGAUCACUGAGAACUGUUACUCGCCCUUCUCUCCUGCGAACUGGCUCGAGAUCGCAACAACUGCGCCUGCGUCCGCGGCUGCCUGACUAA